AUGGGGAGAGUCACUCGUCGGAUAUCCGGCGGUUCAUUAUGGUCUCGUCAAUGUGCCCCACCUUGCUCGGCUGCUCGGAAGUUGACUUAUUUCGCGACCUCAGUUUAUGGGACUCGCUCUUGUUCGUGUUGGUCUCGGAUACCUUGUUUCAUGUACUUCCACACCCCUACGACACGGGUAUUUUUCACGCAGUCUAUACGACUAGUGCAUCAGCUCAUCGCAGCUCGCCACAAUGACGCAAACGGGUUUAGGGUAGACCCGAGUUUGUACCCGACUGAUGUGGGUACCACGCCAUGCUCAUAG